GGCACCACACGUGUCCCACGGUCCUUUGCGUCGCCGUGACGUCAGGUCAGCUGAUCUCUGCGGCAGCAAGGAGAAAGAUGUCGCUGAAAAACUGGCGAAGGAUGGAGCCUGUGUUCACCGCCGCGUUUGUCCUCCUGCUCUUCGUCACGACCGGUGUCCAUGGGGACAGUGUGACAGUGCUGCAAGCUCCAGAGUUUGUGUCUUUCCAGAAAGGAGAAUGGCCCAUCUCAGGAGAGAAGAUCCCUGACCUGGUGGCUCUAACCAUGGGCUUUUCUGUUCAGGAGGAUCUGUCUUGGCCAGGCCUGCAGGCUGGCCCGCUGUUCCAGCGUCCCAGGGCUAACGUGCUGGUGGUGGUGAGGGGAGUUGAUAGCCUGGCGCUGCCCCAGAGCGUAGCGUCCUACCAGUUGGAGAAUCCGGUGCCCUUCACCUUGGACAGUGUUGCAGAAACGGUGCACUCUCUGUUUGCUGAAGACACGCCUGUGGUGCUGCAGCUGGCCCCUAGCGAGGAGAGGCUGUACAUGCUGGGCAAGGCCAAUGCUGUGUUUGAGGAUCUGCCAGUUACCCUGCAGCAGAUCCGCGCUCGCCUGUCCCAGGACGGCUCCGUGCUGGCCUCCCUGCCUCUCAACUCGCUCAGCCGCAACGCAGAGGCUGAUUUGCUCUUCCUGUCUGAGGUCCAAGUGCUACAUGACAUCACAGCUCUGCUGCAGAGACACAGGCAUCUGGCCAAGGACCACUCCCCUGACCUGUACUCGUUGGAGCUGUCUGGCCUGGAAGAGCUGAGCCGACGCUACGGCCAGGACUCCCCUCAGUACCGCGAUGCCACUGCCAUCCUGGCCUCUGUCCUGCAGAAGUUCGGAGAGGAUGUUUAUGGUCUUUACGGUAACAGCGCGGUGGUUGAGGUGGUGACAGUGAAGAGCUUCGAGACUCCUUUGACCAGGAAGUCCCGUUCCAUUCUGCAGUCCUCGCAGGUUAGCAACGCAGACAACCCCUACAACCUGGCCUACAAGUACAACUUCAACUAUUCUGUGAUUUUCAACAUUGUGCUGUGGCUGAUGAUUGCUCUGGCCCUCGCUGUCAUCGCCAUCGCCUACAACCUGUGGAACAUGGACCCGGGAUAUGACAGCAUCAUCUAUAGGAUGACCAAUCAGAAGAUCAGGAUGGACUGAGUCCUGACCCUCAACACUCCAGCCGUCUGCUUAGAUCCCUCCAGUGAAUGUUUGUACUUUUUGUGUGAUUUCUCGUUUAGUGACACAAUUGAAAAGUGUGGGGUUGAUGGGGGGCGAGGCCUAAUUCUGAAUUUUCCCAACAGGAAAUAUCAUAUCAUAAGCUCUGUAAUAAAUUUACCUCAGGCAAGGAAAACUUCAGCGUUCAUAGACAUCUAUCAGAAUAAUUACAAUUGUAAGUAGCAGGGCAGCGUUAAAAUGGAAGGCUUCUUAAAUGUUUUAGCCCUUAAGACCUUGACUAACAUGUAUGACCCUAAGGACCUUGAGGUUUACUGAUCCCGUCUGGUAUAUGAAGGUACAAUUUCCUGUAUUAUAAAAAUUCAAAGUGCCACCCCUCAGCCCCACCGCUCACAUCAUUCCUUACGAUGCAACUUCUCCCUCUCCAUGUUUGUUUUCUCCCCACUGGUGAUUGAACUUUUAUUUUUUAUUGUAAAAACAAAAAAAAAAUCUGAUCAUUGUCAUGUGGUGAAAGACUGAGAAUGGUGUGAUCUGUGUGUGUGUGUGUGCGUGUGUGUGCGUGUUGAUUGUUGUGCUCCUCUUUCUAUAUGGAACUGUUUUAAGUUAAAUGAAAUCUAUGUGUAUAUAUUGAAAAUAGAAAUACAACUGUAUGACAAACUGCUGUAUUGUUAUUGUGCGAAGAUUUGUGCAAUGUUGAUGCCAGGAAGGUUGCGCCCUGCAUGGAGUCCAAAUGGUAAAUAAAUACGAUACUGGGUCAUUAAAAACACAUGACUGGAAUUUGGGUUGGUGGUUGGGAUUGGACGAGGAAAAAUAACGCUCUGUAAAUGGCAACAAAAUGCAAAAUAAAUUAUUCCACUGAUCACUA